AUUACUGAAGAAACAGUAAUUAAACCAAAUGAAGCAACUAGGGAAGAUUUGUUGGCAGUUCACUCAAAGAAAUAUUUAAAGCGUUUAAAGGUUAGAGAAGUUUGUUACUAAACAUGUCCUGUGUCCUGUAAUCAAUUAAUUGCAGUGCAGCUUUUAUGUUGCUCAAGUAGCUGAAAUACCUGCAUUAAUAUUAGUGCCAAAUUGUUUAAUUCAGUCUUCUUAUUUAUGUCCAAUGAGAUACCAGACAGGUGGAUCAAUAUUAGCUGGAAAAGUAGCUCUUGAAAGAGGAUGGGCAAUUAAUAUUGGAGGAGGAUUUCAUCAUUGUAGUUCUAAAUCAGGAGGAGGAUUCUGUCCAUAUGCUGAUAUUACGUUACUAAUAACUUUUCUGUUCAAUUAUUACUCUCAAGUAGUAAGAACAGCAAUGAUUGUUGAUUUAGAUGCUCAUCAGGGUAAUGGUUAUGAAAGGGAUUUCAAAGACAAUGAAAAGGUUUAUAUAUUGGACGUUUAUAACGAAGGGAUAUAUCCGUUUGACAAAGAAGCUAAAGAAAGUAUAAGAUUAAAAGUAGAACUUCAACAUCAUACGAAAGAUGCUGAAUAUCUCCGAGAAGUAAAAAGGGGCUUGCGAAUUGCUUUAAGUGAAUUUCAACCUGAUAUAAUAGUUUAUAAUGCAGGGACAGAUAUCUUAGAAGGGGAUCCUUUAGGAGGACUUUCCGUAUCAGAAAUGGGUAUAAUUCAAAGAGACACAUUAGUGUUUAAUUUUGCGCGACACAAUAAAAUUCCUAUUGUAAUGCUAACCAGUGGUGGAUACCAGAAGAGAACUGCGAAAAUAAUUGCCAAUUCAAUAAUAAAUUUGAAAGAAAAGGGUUUAAUAAACGUCCCCUUUGAAAAAUAUUGAAUCUAAUAUAUAAUAUUUUUGUAAUUUUUAAUGUGGAAGACCUGUAUUGAUGUUGUUUUAGUAAAGUUAAUUAUUUGUUUUA